UCAUCAAUGAUGAGGAUUUACCAAGACUACUAAAUGAAGAGAUGUUAUCAACCUCCAUCCACAAGGGUUGUGUUAUAGCAACAAUGGAAAUUUAACACCCUGGUUUACGGACAUUUGUUCUAGUGCUGCAAAUAGUUGCAGUGACGUUGCUAGUUUUCUCUUGCAAAUGGGGAAUUCCACCCAAAUUCAAAGAUCAGCAGCAAACUGCCUGCAAAAAUUUCCAACUGGGAAACUAAACAACAAAAAGAAAAUGCCUACUCCUUCCAGUUCCAACAAUUCUCACCUCUUAUUCUUCUUCCCCAAAAGGAUACAUUUUCAGAAAUCGAAAUCCCACUUCUUCCCACUUCCAUUUCCAAACCCUUCAAGGGUUUCUAUAUAUAUAUUUUUCCCCCAAACGAAUCGCCACAGAUGCAGCCCAUUGCCGACAGAAUCGAGAGGAGCAUCAUUGCGCAUUACAAAAAGGGGAAAAUGUGAAGAAAUCUGGAUCAUCUUAGGUGAUGCUAGCUAUUUUGAUUGGGCUGCUGACAAUACUCACGUGGCAUUUCACAAAGAGCUAUACAGCACAGUCACUGGACAGCUUAGCAUACGGUCUACGCCACGAACUGCUGCAGCGCCCGAUCCUACGGAUGUGGGGUGUCUUGAAUUCCACAGCUGAAAUAACCACAGCUCAAGUUAAGCUCACAGAAUAUGUAAUGAGGAAGUACAGCAAGCCUGCGAAUCAAGCAGAGCAAGUUGAGUUGUAUGAAUCAAUGAGGGACGUGACGUGGGCGUUGUUUGCGAGUCGAAAAGCUCUUAAUGCCAUAACUAUCAAUUACAAGAAUGGCUUUGUCCAGGCAUUCCAUCGAGAUCAUAGAAGCAACAAUACGUUUUAUAUUUACUCCGAUCUUGCAAACUAUUCCAUCAGUGCCACUCAAUCGUAUGAUAUCAAUCGGUUGUCGUCAGGCGAUGGGUGGUCAGACCCACCCAUACAUGGCAAUGUUUCUGCAAAAUGGUACCGGGAACCGCUUGAUCCUGUUAGUGGUGAGAAGAUCGGGAAAGCGAGGCAGAUCCCACCGGAGGACUUGAUUAAUAUUCCUGGCAUUUCACAGGUGGCAGAUGGUGUUGCCUCAUGGCAUGUCACUGUGAGCAAGUACAUGGAUACACCAUUGCUUUCAGCGGCUCUUCCUGUUUCUGAUGCUUCAAAUGAAAGCAUAGUUGCAGUGGUGGGCGUUACGACUGCACUUUAUAGCGUGGGCCAACUGAUGAAGGAGCUUGUUGAGUUCCAUAGUGGACAUAUUUAUCUAACCUCUCAAGAGGGCUACUUGCUUGCUACAUCAGCAAAUGCUCCCCUGUUAACAAAUACGUCAAGAGGUCCAAAGCUUAUGAUGGCUGCUGAUUCUCAGGAUGACGUGAUUCGACUAGGAGCCGAGUGGUUACAGAAAACCUCUGGAAACAAUUUUCCUCCAGGUCAUGAGGUCCAUGAAGAGAAUGUCAAGCUUGGCGAUCAGCAAUAUUACAUUGACUCAUUUUUUCUUAAUCUGAAGAGGCUUCCUAUUGUGGGGGUUGUCAUCAUUCCUAGACAAUACAUAAUGGGAAAGGUAGAUGAGAGAGCUUUCAAAACAUUGGUUAUACUGAUUUCUGCAUCCUUAUGCAUCUUAAUUAUUGGAUGUCUAUGCAUUUUGAUUCUGACAAAAGGAGUAUCUAAGGAAAUGAAACUAAGAGCAGAACUAAUAAGCCAUCUCGAUGCAAGAAGAAGGGCAGAGGCAUCUAGUAAUUACAAGAGUCAGUUUCUUGCAAAUAUGAGUCAUGAGCUGAGGACGCCGAUGGCUGCAGUAAUCGGACUGCUGGACAUUCUUAUGUGUGACGACUGUCUCAAUAACGAACAAUUUGCGACUGUUACUCAGAUUAGAAAAUGCUCGACAGCUCUACUCCGACUUCUCAACAACAUUCUAGAUCUAAGCAAGGUUGAAUCCGGAAAGCUGGUUUUGGAAGAUGCAGAGUUUGAUCUGGGACGAGAACUUGAAGGGCUUGUCGAUAUGUUCUCUGUGCAAUGCAUUAACCACAAUGUGGAGACUGUGUUGGAUCUCUCUGAUGAUAUGCCAAAAUUAGUCCGAGGAGACUCAGGUCGAGUUGUACAAAUAUUCACGAAUUUGAUCAACAAUUCUAUAAAAUUCACAACUGCUGGUCACAUCAUUCUUCGAGGGUGGUGCGAGACCUCUAAUACUCUUAACGAAACAGGGAAGUUUUGUAUUGAUCAGAAGAAAUCACGGUUUCCUAAUCGGACAAAGAUGAAACAUGGAGACCCUACAAAGAAUGCCUGCAAGAAAGAUAAAAAAAUGACCUUGUGGUUUGAACUUGAUGACACUGGCUGUGGGAUUGAUCCAAGCAAAUGGGAGUCUGUUUUUGAAAGCUUUGAGCAAGCCGAUCCCUCAACAACCCGAACGCACGGUGGUACGGGUCUUGGACUAUGCAUCGUACGCACCUUGGUUCACAAGAUGGGUGGAGAAAUCAAGGUUGUAAAGAAGAACGGCCCGGGAACUUUAAUGCGACUUUAUUUGGUUCUCAGCACGCCUGUAGAUUCCAUGGAUCAUCACUGUCAACUUGAUUUUGCGAAACAUAAUGCAGUGGUACUGCUUGCGCUCCGUGGCAACAUGAGUCGAUUAAUCACAUCGCAGUGGCUUUGUAAAAUCAGACUGCGCACUUUAGAAGCCUCAGAGUGGAAUGAAUUGACACUAAUUCUUCAGGAACUCUUUCAUGCUAGAAGUUCAGAAACUAAAAAGGGAUUUAGUCCACAGGAUCCACUAGGUGAACCGUUACGAGCGGAGUUAAUGAGAAUUAAAGAUAUGAAAAGCCAAAUAUUCAUCAUCGUCGCCGAUAUAGGGAUACUCGACUUGAGCACAGAUAUCUGGAAGGACCAACUUUACUUCCUCGACAAGUACUCUGGAAAAGCAAAAUUUGCGUGGAUGUUAAACCACGAUACGCCCAAUGCCAUAAAGAUGGAGCUCCGGGGAAAAGGGCACAUUAUAAUGAACAAUAAAUCACUUUACAAAGCAAAAAUUGUUCAUAUUAUGGAAGCUGUUAUGAAGGACAGAAAUGUUGAAUUGCAGAAGAAAAAUGCUCUAAGAACUGCAUCAAAAGAAGGGGACUAUCACGAAUGUCUUGAAAUUGAUUCCACUCAGUUUGAAACUGCAAGCUCUGAUGAUUCUGAUGUAUAUGAACUUGGUAAUUCCAACUCCAAGUUCGCAAAAUUUCAAGUCCGAGAUGACCAUGAAGAAGAAACAAUGGCGACAAAACCAUGUCAGUCGCUAUUUCCACCUGUUAACGAUAGCUUGGUUGAGUUAACUCGUGUAAACUCGAGCGAGAGUAACAUGAAAACCAGUGAUCUCAGUGACGCGAGGCGAAACUCAACAAAGCCUCAUUGUGAAAGUUCCGAAUCUGAUGGACAGAACUUGGGAUGCAACUAUCCUAAGAGCCAAGGAGAAUCACAUUCUAAGAACGUCCAUGGUCAGAAAUCUCUUGAAGGGCUACGCAUUUUGCUUGCAGAAGAUACACCGGUUCUACAAAGAGUAACGACCAUAAUGCUUGAAAAGAUGGGAGCCGCAGUCAUUACGGCAGGAGACGGGUUGCAGGCUGUAGAAGCUCUGAGUGCCAUGCUCAGUGAUGAAGAGCAAAGAAGGGAAUGUCCCACAAGAUAUGAUUUGAUAUUGAUGGAUUGCCAAAUGCCGAAGAUGGACGGGUAUGAAGCAACAAAAGCAAUUAGAAAGCUAGAAGCAGGAACGAGGCUUCAUGUUCCGAUUGUAGCGUUGACAGCCCACGCAAUGUCGUCGGACGAAGCCAAAUGCUUGGAGGUGGGAAUGGAUGCAUACCUAACAAAGCCAAUUGACUAUAAGCUGAUGGUAUCCACCAUACUUUCACUCACUAAAAGAAGAGUCUAGCUUCCCCAGUAAAGCUUACUUUCGGUUUUCGGUGUUUCGGUUUUGCAAAUCAAAACGAAGUCACUUCCUAACUGAACAACAGUAGAAGAAGAAGGCCUUUAAGGGUCCAAAGGCGUUGUAUAGUCACGAGCACCCGAGCAGGCAGCUUUAAUGUGCAAGAGUGCCCAUUUGGACGAGGAAUUUGCGGGGAGGAUGCAGAUUCUAUGUUUGAUGGUUAGCAGUUAAGAGUGUAAAUUUGGUACCAGAAGUUUUUGUAUAUUUUGUUGUGGGGGAGAUGAAAGGGAGGUAAAGUUUUCCCACUUUUUGUAAUUAGUCGUAGUGAGAUAACAAAGCCAGUAAUGAUGUAAAGAAAGACCAUCCUAACAAUAAGAAGAGGGGAAAUAAGCUCCUCUUUAUAAUCGUUUUCAGUGAAGCACUUAAAAAAUUUGGGUGUU